AUGAAGGUCAAGCAGAGCGAAUUCCUCGCUCUCACACAAGGAAACCUGUCAGUAAGUGAGUACCUGCACAACUUCAACCAUUUGGCCCGUUAUUCUCUUUAUGAUGUGUCCACAGAAGAAAGGAAAAUCAACAUAUUUCUUGGAGGACUGAACCAACACCUCAGAUGCACUCUCAGUAUGUUUGAUUUCCCGGACUUCCAAACUCUGGUCAACAAAGCCCUCAUCGCAGAAAGGGAACACAAGCUCGUGCACGACAACAGGCCCGCUAAUAAUGACCACAAGCGCAAAUUCAAGCCUAAGAAGGAUGGACAACCAGUGCAGAAGGCUCGUACUUGGCAGCAGACUCAGUAUGAUGGUACAAUCCCCGAGAUCCAUGCUCAGAAGCAAUCUGGUCUGCGUAAUUUGGAAAUUGAUAUCAAAGGAUUCAGGUUUCCAACAUCCUUGAUAGUCAUCGAGUCUGCCAAAUUGGACAUCAUUUUGGGAAUGAAUUGGUUAACCCAAUAUCAAGUAUGCAUCAACUGUGGGACCAGAGGAGUCACUUUGACAAGUCAGGAAGGUCGAACCACAAAGUUCUAUGCCCGGAGGAGCAUACCCAAGAAAGAUAUGGUUUUCACGGCUAUAGCUGAAGAAUUGGAAUUAAUUCCUAUGGUUAGUGAGUUUCCAGAUGUAUUUCCUGAGGAAUUACCAGGCAUGCCGCCAGACAGGGAGCUUGAGUUUGCAAUUGACCUGGUGCCUGGAACCGCACCGUUAUACAAGAAGUAUUAUCGGAUGCCUUCGUCAGAAUUAGUGGAAUUAAAGAAACAUUUUGAUGAGAUGCUUCAGAAAGGAUACAUCCAUCCGAGCUCUUCACCAUGGGGAUCACCCAUGAUAUUUGUGGACAAGAAGAACGGCAGUCUUCGGAUGUGUGUAGAUUACCGUCAGCUGAAUGAUAGUGAAGAAGAGCACAAGGAACACCUCAGAGCAGUUUUGCAAAGGCUCUGUGACCAUCAGCUAUAUGCAAAGUUCAGCAAAUGUGAGUUCUGGCUCAAGCAAGUUGGAUUUUUAGGGCAAGUUCUUUCAACAAAAGGCAUAGCCGUGGAUCCAAGUAAGGUGAAAGACGUGCUUGAUUAG